AUGAGUAUUCUUCUGCUUUUCGCUGUUAUCCUGCUAGCGGGAGGCGCGAGAGCUGGCUACUGCCCCUCCGCCUCCAGCCUCUAUCCUUGCAUCUGCUCAGAGUAUAGUACUGGCGCGUACAUCUGGUGCGAUGUUAGCUUACUACCUGGAGACGGUUCGCAAGUGUUUGACAUCAUCGCUGGGAUUCCACGACCGACGACGAUCUACGAGUUCAGAAUAAGCUACUUCGGCUUUGAGCAGAUACCCGGUAGAGCGUUCGCCGGCUUAACCAUCAAAAGAGUGUAUCUGACGUACGGAGAAAAGCUGACCACUAUACACGCAGACGCAUUCGCUGGAAUCGGAGGGCUUCGUUCCUUGCUCUUACAGGAUACGGCGUUGUCCGCAAUUCCAUGCCGGAUUUUCCCAACUAUUCCAGGCUUGGAAUAUCUGGAAAUAACAUACAGCUCCCUUGAGACAUUAGACGACGGUUGCUUUAUGGACGCUAGCAAUCUGGCUGUGCUAGUUUUGAGCCAUAACGCGAUUGUCUACAUCUCCCCUCAGGCGCUGCGGGGUCUGAAGAAACUCAAGACCCUCGAGUUGUCAAAUAAUGUCAUCGAGCACAUUGUACCGGGAACAUUCAAAGAUAUAAAACUCACAAGACUACAGCUCAACAACAACCAUCUGUACACGGUCUCAGCAGGAACCUAUGCCGGCCUCAAGAGACUUGUUACCAUACACCUUCAAAACAACCGGAUUUCGAGCGUUGCUGUUGGAGCCUUUGAGGGCGCAGCGGUAGCAUCUACAGUUGACAUAUCUUACAACAACCUCGUCACCAUCGCAGCUGGCACCUUCAGAGGACUGAGUAGGGUGAGGGAAUUAUUUAUCAAUUUUAAUGAAGUAAGCUUCAUCGAACCUGGCGCUUUCUAUGGGUUGCCAAGGAUCAACUAUAUUGGUUUGUGGAACAACGAGCGCUUGACAUCUAUCGACAAUGACGUGUUUAAUGUGACUGAGCUCAUAUCCACAGAUGGAGUAAGCGUUAACCUAAAUGGUUGCAAAUUGGAUUGCCAAUGUGACAUUGACUGGCUUAACGAGGCUCCAUUUACUACUUGGAAUGCCUAUUGCGCAACUCCACCGGAACUGUCCACAAUGGCACUGAAGUCUUUAAAAUGCGUGAAUGGGGUGAUGGUUCCUAUAUAGGUUACCGAAAUAGUUGACGGAUGUAUUUUAUUAUGUGUAAAUGCACAGAACAUAAUUUUAAAAAAUUACAGCGAGUAAUAUACAAAGUGAAGGUAUUAUAUGCAGUUGUAGAUUUAUGCUUCGGGACUUAAUUUGAAAA